CGCAUGCGCAGUAAGCUCAUUGGGUAGUCCUCUAAUCCAGCUCAGCGUUGCAACAACCUUUUUGCAGAGGAGCCCUCCGGGGGAUGCAGGAGCCAAAUGCCAAGGAUGCCGCCACCUCCGAAGAACGGGUCCGGGAGGCCAUCCAGAAGGACCUCUUGGCCGCCGACUUGAAGUGCAGCUUCUUCGCCUCAGCUCUGCAGAGCUACAAGCGGGACUCCGUCCUGCGGCCCUUUCCUGGGCUCUACGUCGCUGAGGAGACCAAGGACUUUGAGGCUUUGCUUGCAGAUACAAAUGCACUUGGGAGCCUGAAAGACCUGUGCGAAUCCGCCCACAACGUCGACGGAAGGAUCUGGGAGUUGCUCAGCUGGGUUUUGUCCUCCAAGGCCUUGCGUAUACACAGCACCAGCAAAACAGAGUACAAGAAGAUCCAAGAGCUGACGGGAGCUCCCAGUGUGCCGGUGGCCGAGCCGGACUUCCUGUUCGAGAUCACCUAUUCCAGCCAGAUGAACGCCAAAUUCGAGGAGACCAAAGCAGGGAGGGACCUCCUCUAUGCCUUCCACGGGAGCCGCCUCGAGAACUUCCACUCCAUCGUCCACAAUGGGCUGCAAUGCCACCUGAACCGGACCUCCUUGUUCGGGGAAGGUACCUACCUGACCAGUGACUUGAGCCUUGCUCUCCUCUAUAGCCCCCACGGACUCGGCUGGCAGCGGAGCCUCAUGGGCCCCGUCCUGAGCUGCGUCGCCGUUUGCGAAAUCAUCGACCACCCGGACGUCAAGUGCCAAGUCCAAAAGAAAGAUUCUAAAGAAAUAGACAAGAAGCGAGCCCGAGUGAGGAACAGCGAAGGCGGCGACGUCCCCCAGAAAUAUUUUGUGGUGACAAACAACCAGCUGAUCCGGGUGAAGUACUUGCUGGUAUAUUCGCAGAAGCAAUAUCGCAGGUGUUCCAGCCAAUCGUGGCUCUCCUCGCACCGCUUUGCCUUGAUGAUGAGCCUCUACCUGCUGCUCCUGAUGCUCAUCGGUGCCAGCAACUCCCCGGCUUUCCUGUCCUAUUGGAGCAGACUCUUUGAUUCCCGGCGAUGAUGAGCUCGGAGAGGCUCUGCUCACUUCCACCCAAAUGCCUUAAUAACAAAACUUUCCUGAGCGGCCAUCAACCCUGCAUUUCCGGACCAAUGAAGAGGCUCGAGUGGGACGUGUUUCCGCCGUCUUCAUUCCCCGGCAUGGCUUUUCAUAUUGUAUUGGUUUGGCCUUGCUUCCCUUCCCGAGAGUCAGGAAGCAGCAACCUCUUUGUUAUGGACUUUUUGGAAGGCCAACAAGAUGAAACAGCAGCCGUUUUCCUGUUGGAUAAAAAUUCCCAAAUCUGGGCUGUGUGUCA